AUGGCGGAAAUGAGUAGAGAAAAUGAUAAAAUUAUUACUUAUCUUCUCCUAGCGACUGGGGAAAAAAGGACUAUCCGAUUAACUAGCGGAGAAACUGACCCUGACCAAGGCAAGAUUUCUCGAAAUAGUCCAGUAGGAAUGGCACUUAGUGAGAAAAGGGUAGGCGAAAUAACCGAAGUUAAAACCAGUCAAGGAGAAUAUCAAGAACAACAAGUUGGUCGCAAUUAUUUAAAAGAAAACAAAACUAAGGUUAGAGCUAUUAUUGUAGUUAAUACUAAUUGGCAAAAUGUGGGAUUAUUAGCUGAUAUCAGCCAAGAAAUUGUUAAAAGUCCGCUGCGAGCAGUAAUUGAAACGGAAAAAGAUUUAAGUGAAAAUUUUACUUCCUCACUAAAAAAAAAAGAAAAUGAGGAUCUUUACUUGUUAGUUGACAAUCCAGAAAGAAUUGAACAAGCAAUAAAACAUUGUUUGAAUAAUUUUUCUCCUCAACAAAAGGCUCCUUUUCAAUUCAUAGUAGGUAUUCCUCCCGUAAUUGGUGGAGAAAUGAGGUUGGCUCGCAUCAUUGAUUACCUUUAUACCCAGAGUGAAGAGAUAAUUAAUUUAAGCAAAAAGGAAUAUUUAAGUUUAGGAGUUAGUUUUUAUGAUCUUAAGUUAUUAUUGCAAUUAUUACAGCCACUUCGAAUAAUUACUCUCCAAAAUAGUUAUAAAAAUAAGAAUUUUUUCACUCAUUUGCCUGGUAAAUUCUUAACGCUUGACGAUGGUUAUGCUUUUAGUUUUCCUGACCAAAAACUUCUGGCCUUAAAAGUAAAAGAAACUUUAAUCAAGGAUAAAUUACAAUUAAAGGAAGUAAAAAUUGAGCCAAUUGCGAUAAGUUCUGCCUUGAACAUUCCAAAAUUGACCACUAAAAUAAAAAAUUGGUCUUCUAGCACUUACAGAAGAGUUUACCAAGGACUUGACAAUGUGCGAGAGGGUAGGGCAAGAAGAUUUGUUUGUGGAAGUGGAAGAAACAUUUCUGGUGAGGCUGUUCAUGAAACAUUAAUAUAUGAUGGAGGCGGAAUCUAUACUCGAAUAAUUGAAAGAAACGGUAGACAAACAACAGAAACCAAAGAAUUACAAACUUUUAUGGAAGUUUUUUUUCUAGAAUUUAUUGAAGCAGCAAUAGAGGAACUUAUGUGUUUUUGCAUUUAA